GAAUUCCUUAAACGUUUGGACAAACAUUUGAUUUGCCUGUAUAUUUUGCUGAAAUGCCAAAAGUUCGCAGAUCACGUAAACCGCCACCAGAUGGUUGGGAGUUGAUUGAACCAACGCUGGAAGAAUUGGAACAGAAAAUGCGUGAAGCCGAAACCGAACCGCAUGAGGGUAAACGUAUCACCGAAUCGCUGUGGCCCAUUUUCAAAAUUCACCAUCAGAAGUCCCGCUAUAUCUACGAUUUGUUCUAUCGUCGCAAGGCCAUCAGCCGCGAAUUAUAUGAUUAUUGCCUCAAAGAGAAGAUAGCCGAUGCUAAUUUAAUUGCCAAAUGGAAAAAAUCAGGAUAUGAAAAUUUAUGCUGCCUCCGGUGUAUACAGACACGUGAUACAAAUUUUGGUACAAAUUGUAUUUGCCGUGUGCCCAAAUCGAAGCUGGAAGAGGGACGUGUGGUGGAGUGUGUACAUUGCGGCUGUCGAGGAUGUUCGGGCUAAGAGGAAAGAAUUAUCUGGAUAUGGAAGAAAUACAAAAAUUCUGGUACAUGAUUAUGUUUCAUAAUAAGUAGUUAUAGUUGUAAUUUAGCAAUUAGAAGAAAUAUGUAAUAGACUUUGUAACGAA